CGCAAGCAGGGUAGUCUUGGCCCGGACCUCCUGCUCAUCGCGCGCCCCGACAUGAUGUCAAUCUCUCACGACUACGGCGUCUUCAUCGAGGACGAGGGCAUGAUCGCCCUCCGCGGGCUCUUUCUCAUCGACUCUAUGAGGGUAUCCUCAGCAAUCACGAUCAAUAACCUCCCAAUCAACCGCUCGGUCGAGGAGACGAUCCGGCUCGUGAAGGCGUUCCAGUUCACC